UCAUGGCGAUUGAUGGUGGCGAGCGCAACUGUGGCGUUCAUGAGCUGAUCUGCGUCCGAAAAGUGUCUCCUGAGGUGCUGGGGUUUCUGACGGCCAUCGGACUCUUCAUCAUUCUUAUGACCUUCUUGUUCUGGUACCUCAACAACAAGCUAGCCCUCGAGAACCCAGGCAGCCUGCCGUGCCUUGACAACUUCAGGAAAAACACAGAGCUGCAUGAAAAGCCCUAUGCAGAUGCACAUCUGCACGGCUCCUCAUCGGACAGUGAGGAUGAGCUGAUGGGGCAGUACCAGGAGGCCGUGAGCCGCUCCCAGGGGCUCAGAGGAGGGGCGCGCUCUUCCUCCAAACCACUGGGGGGCUUCUGCUGGGACACACGACACAAGUACAGCCUGCUCACUGCUGAGUACGACGGGUACAGCAGCGACGCCUCUGCUGACGAUGCUAACUGUAUCCAGCGCAUGAGCCGGACCCCUCCUCUGGACGAGCUGCAGCCUCCGCCCUACCAGGAUGAGAAUGGGUCCCCCCGCAUGUCCUGCACUCUGUCUGACCUGGGGGACGCCAAGUGCGACCUGUCCCAGACCAGUGGUAGCCCACAUAUGUCCUACAGCAAGUGUCCAAGUGAGGGCAGCGACGGGCCCGAGACAGAGAGCUACCUGAACAAGGGCUAUGAGGAGGAUGUGCCCAGUGACAGUACAGCCGUGCUCAGCCCAGAGGACUUGUCAGCCCGAGGAUCAGCAGCACAGCUCCCUAAAGGCUAUGAGCCGGACCCCAUAGCCAAGUACGGCACACUGGAUGUGGUGUUCGACUAUGACUCGGAGGACCAGCAGCUGGGCGUCACCAUCAUGGCCGCCACUGACCUCCCCCCGGUGAAGCGGACAGGGAACCUCUCCUGGCAGGUGCAUUUGGUUCUGCUGCCCACCAAGAAGCAGAGGGCCAAGACAGGUGUCCAGAGAGGGCCCUGUCCCAUCUUCACUGAAACGUUCUACUUCAGUCACGUGGAGGCGGAGAUGAUUGGGAACUACGCCCUCAGGUUCAGGCUCUACAGCAUGAGGCGCAUGAAGAAGGAGAAGGUGCUGGGAGAGAAGGUCUUCUACCUCACCAAACUCUGCCUACAGGGGAAGAUGUCUGUGCCUGUCAUACUGGACCCCUGCUGCACACUACCAGGCGGGGAAUCACAAGUCAGCCUUUCAGACAUGACAUGCAGUGAAAGCGCCUCAUCAUUCCAGUCCGUCAGCCAAACCUCAACACCGGAGAUCCUCGUGGGCCUGGUGUACAAUGCCACAACGGGACGCCUGUCAGUGGAGGUCAUCAAAGGAAUCCAUUUCAAAAACCUGGCUGCCAACAAGCCACCCAAUGGGCUGUUCUGUUGUUUAAAACACUUGAUAGGGGGACAGGUUUAUAUAAUCAGAGACACAUAUGUGAAGCUGACCCUGCUCAACUCCAUGGGCCAUGAAAUGUCCAAGUGUAAGACGUCCAUCUGCAGAGGCCAGCCCAACCCCACAUACAAAGAGACCUUCAUCUUCCAGGUGGCUCUGUUUCAACUUUCUGAUGUGACGCUCAUUCUGUCUGUCUACAACAAACGCAGUAUGAAGCGUAAGGAGAUGAUUGGCUGGAUCUCUCUGGGCCUCAACAGCUCCGGAGAGGAAGAGCUCUCCCACUGGACUGAGAUGAAAGAGUCUAAAGGACAGCAGGUUUGCCGCUGGCACAGUCUGCUGGAGUCCUAACAGUGACAGGUCAGGUGUAACUGUACAGCCCUCUGCCCCAGAGGGGGAUAAGGAGCAGCCGGCUGCAGCCAGGAGACACGACAAGAGACAGAGGAAACCAGGAUCAGCACAUCUGUGAAGAGGAGCACAAACAGUGUCUCAUGGAAUUCUCACACAUACGACAUGAUCUUAUACAGGCACUUUGUCUUUUGGCUCAGCUUCAUCUAAAACACUUUUGAGUUAUGUUGGUGAAGCUGGUCAUCUUGUUUGUUCAUGUCAUACAGACAAUGAUUUCCAAGUAUUAUGUUGUCAUGUAUUAUUUUAUUUCCUUAAUGACGUUUGAAAUUAAAUAUUUAGUUUGGCCUAUCGGCCUGUAAUAAAGUUAAAUUUCUAUAUUACAGUACACUAAUGAAAUGUUCAGGGUAGUUUUGGGUGAAAUUAGACAAUCAAAACAUUUACCUGUGAAUGUUCUAGUAGAACUCUAGUUUAAACAAGGGAGGAGUGUAUUUUUUAUUUUUUUUUUAUUUUGCCGCAUAUUGAGUUGCCAAAGUUUUUUUAAUCAUCAUUUAUAUGUUUAUGUAAUGUAUUAUUUGAUUAUUAUUUUCACAUACUGUUACUGAUUACUGAAUGUGGCCUAUAUGCUGUGGCAUAGUUUGAACAAAGAUGUUUUAAAUAGAAAAUGUGAGUAAGUAGUUAAGUGGUGGUUGUUUGGUGUUAGAUAUCUAUUCACCAUUCUUAAGACCAUACGUUCAGUCAACUUUUCACAAAACAUUUCAAUAUCAAUGUUUCUGUCAUCCACUAUAGGUACUCUUUGCACUACUUGCUUUUGUACAACAGAUUAUAGAUCCAAAGUUGACAUAUGCGGAGCUGUUAUGUACCAAGCACACACAAAACAAGAAUGAGAUCGUUCUAUUCAUGACAAAGUACAGAAUGUUACAGGCAUUUCUACAUAGCUCACUCACUUACACACUUAAAUUUUCAUUUUCUAUUGACUGUGCCUGUAGAAUCUAAACCAGUGAUGUGUUUACUGAGUAUGUGUGCGUACAAGAUCACAAGCUCUUUUAUAGCUUUUUCAUAUUUUCGUUUUAAUGCCAUUUGGUAUUUAGAUAAGCCACUUUUGAUUGUCUGCUACAUACUUUAUAUAUAAAUGUUUCAUAUCUAUUUUUGUAACAAAGAUUGGUAACCCAUCCUAGAAGCAAUACAACAGAAUUGGUAAAUGAAUUGUUCGAAUGUUGCUGUGAUACAGUAAGCACAACAGCUGAACAGUUUAUACGAAAGAAUCGGCACAGCACAUUCAAAGUAAACAGGAGCAAUGACACCCUUUAUCUGAUAAUAGGACCAGCUGAAUAAAUUGUCUAUCAUUGUUAGUAUACAAUCUCUGUAGUUAUAACAGUCACACCACAGAAACAUUUCCAGGCUGGUGUAAAGGUGAAAAUUAUACAAAAAAAAUCAUGCAUUAAUUAUCAACAUAAACUCACAGCACACCAAGUACCUUAGGUGUGACUGACAUGUUAAAACUGCCACGUACAUUGCAAUUACCUGGUACUGUUAAAACGUGUGUAAAUUGAAAAAUUUGAAACUACAUCACACCAAAGUGAUUCUAUUUUUGACAAAUGUAGUUUUUUUUUUUUUUUGUUCUUCAUAUAGGACGAAGUGUUCCCCAAAAUUACAGCUGUAGACAACUUUUUCUGUGUUAUUACUCUUUCCUUAAUUUGUUUACUACCUAUGCCGCUGAUGGCAUUGGUGCCUUACUGUUUUUCACUCAGUCAACUUGUGUCAAGUGUCUUAAUGUACUGUAAAUCUACUACUUUUCCCUCUGUAACCAGAUUUAUUCGUAAAGUCUUUAUGAUGAAA